AUGAUAUCUCCCAGGAAAAGUAUCAUUGAAAGACGUCUUACCUUACGACAGGAAAGUCAAAUAUUGACUGAACCAACAUUAUUAGAAAGAAGACUCUACGAAGCAUUUGAUGUAUUUGAUAAUGCAAGAAGUGGGGAAGUGGAUGUUAGAGAUUUAGGAACUAUAAUCAGAGCAUUAGGGUGUGUCAUCACGGAAGCUGAGUUGCAAGAGAUACAAGUAGAAGUAGAAGAUGUCGAAAAUAAUUGUGUGCCAAUAAACAGAUUUGUAGAAUACAUGAGCAAAGCGAUUAACGAGCGCAAAUUCAAGCCAGCAGAACCAGAAGAGCUAUUGAAAGCGUUCCAAUUAUUAGAUCCCGAAAAUCGCGGAUAUAUCAUGAAAGAUGAUUUAGAAAAAUCAAUUAUGGAAAUUGGAGAGCCAUUUACGAAGGAGGAAGUGGCCGAUAUGAUGGCCGUAGCUUGUGAUGCGGAAACAGGAAAAAUUAAUUACGAGCAUUACAUCAACUUGCUAAUUGUGAAAAUUCCCGAAGAUAUUAAUGUAUAUAAUAUUGUUGAUAAAAUAGAAGCUGAAAGAUUGGCAGCAUUACCUAAAACACGCAUGUGGGGAAGUUUGUUGUUUAAGGAAGAUACUUGACAAAAAAGUGCUAUACUAUUUUAGUAAAAAAUUGUCUUUUUUUUUAUGAGAGAAUCUCAAUAUAUGAAAAAAAUGUUCAAAUCCGUGAUUAAGAAAAUUGUAUAAACACAUUUUAUUUAUAUUUCAUGUUACAUAUACAUAAGUUUAUUUCUAAAAUAUAUUUGUGCCGGUUUUCACAUAUAAACAGCAUAUAAAUGUUAUAUAUAUAAAAUGUAUUAAAAAGUACUUUAAAAUCUAAUUAGAAAAAUACAUUUUAUAUGCUAUAUUAUUAUUUUACAUUCUCGCGAAAAAUGUAUUAAAAUUUAAUAUCAAGA